AUCAUGUGAUCAGGGCGGAGAGGGAGGGGGAAAUAGGGAGCAAGGUGGGUGAAGCCGGAAGAGGAAACCCAGUGAAUUCCCGACCAGGCGAGAUGAGUGGGUUGGGGAAGCUUUUUGGGAAGGGUAAGAAGGCCAAAGCGCCGACCCCGCAAGAGGCCAUUCAGAAACUGCGGGAGACCGAAGAGGUGCUGGUCAAGAAGCAGGAAUUCCUGGAACAGAAGAUCCAGCAGGAGCUACAGUCUGCUAAAAAGCAUGGCACCAAAAACAAAAGAGCCGCCCUGCAGGCCCUCAAGAGGAAGAAGCGCUAUGAGCAGCAACUGGGGCAGAUUGAUGGCACACUCUCCACCAUCGAGUUCCAGCGGGAAGCGCUGGAGAAUGCCACCACCAACACCGAAGUGCUGAAGACCAUGUCGGACGCAGCCCGGGCAAUGAAGGAGGCUCACCAACACAUGGACAUUGACAAGGUGGACGAUCUGAUGGCCGAAAUCACAGAGCAACAGGACAUUGCCCAGCAGAUUUCUGACGCCAUUUCAAAACCAGUUGGCUUUGGAGAUGAUGUUGAUGAGGAUGAACUGCUGGCAGAGCUGGAAGAGAUGGAACAGGAAGACCUGGACAAGGAGCUGUUGAAUGUCGGGGAACCCACCCCAGAACUUCCCAGUGUGCCUGCCUCUCGCCUUCCCGCUGUGCCAGCCUCCAAAGUGCCAGCCGCCGCUGUGGACGAUGACGACGAAGACAUGAAGCAGCUUGCCGCCUGGGUUUCCCCCGUGUUUGGCUGUAUUUGUUUCUGGUUUGCACACUCCCCAGCCAUUGAAGCUGCUUUUCUCUGUGUUUUUGGAGCCCUUGAUCUGCCCAGUGCUGCGCGUACGGCUGGCGGCCUUUUUUUUGUCCGGCGCGAAAGUCAGGGAGCGGGAUUUAGUGCUGAGGUUGGCGUUCUUCAAGGACUCAGAGGCCCGGGGUCCGCAGAUGGCUUCCAGGGCCUUGAGCUCCGUGGUGGGCUUCUCAGCAAGGAAUUUGAUGACCCACUGCACCUUGAGGACUUCCAAGAUGUUGAGGCGCUUCGAAGCCGGGCGGAGGAUGCGAUGGACCAGCUCCUAGGAGAUUGCCGGAAAGGUCUACAGGUGGGCCAUCCUCACCUUUAUCUCCUCGUUGAUCUGGAGGUGGCUUGGGAAGUUGACCUCCUUCUGGGUCUCGCGGAGCAACUUCUUGAGGUUGGUGUCAUCGAAGGGCAGGUGGGCCACCACCAAGGUGUAGAGGAUGACCCCCAUGCUCCAGAUGUCGGAGAGGAAGGGGUUGUAGGGCAGCCCCAGGAGGAUCUCCGGGCAGGCGUAGGCGAAGCUGCCGCAGUAGGCGAUGCCCAGGGCCAGCUGGGAGAACCACUUCCCCGCCAGGGCCUCGGAGCAAGCGCCCGACUUCUGGAUCCACUCCAAGACAUCCCCGCAGGGUGCCAGCUCCAUGAUGAUAUAAUGGCGGGAGGUGGUCUCGAUGGCUUGCACCAAAACGGAACCAUGGUGGAACAUUCAGCCUCCAUGCCGUACGUCUCGGUGAUGGAUCAAUACGGCUACCAGAUCGGCAAAGUGAUUGGGCACAGCUCCUACGGCACCGUCUACAAGGACUAUUUCGCCAAGCAGAAGACCAUGGUGGCCAUCAAGAUCAUCUCCAAGAAAAAGACCUCCAAGGAUUACCUCUUCAAAUUCCUCCUGAAGGAGAUACGUGUUGGGCCAUCCCCACUCCUCCCCUUCACCUUUUCUGCACCCUGCUUGGCUGUACUGAGGGGACCUGGCUGGACCCCCCUCCCCUCCCUUUCUAUUUCUUUUGGCUCUAGGCAACUGAAAUCCGAGGACCCCCAGGCAGUGCCAGGGGCAGCUCUAAAGAAACAGCGCAGCUCCCACCCCUCCCUUCUCCCCAUAAUGGCCCUCCACCCGUCCCUCUCUGUCCUCUUCUCCCUCCUUUUCCUUUUCUCUGCGGCCUCUUCGGAGGGGCACUACAAGCAAGGGGAGGCAGUCAUGCUUUACGUCAACAAGGUCGGGCCUUACCACAACCCCCAGGAGACCUACCAUUACUACCAGCUCCCUGUGUGUUCGCCGGACAACAUUCGCCACAAAAGCCUUACUUUGGGAGAAGUGCUGGAUGGGGACCGCAUGGCCGAAUCCAUGUAUGAGAUCCGUUUCCGCGAGAACGUUGAGAAGAAGGUCCUCUGUGAAAAGAAGCUUUCGCUUGAAGAGGUGGACCGCCUCCGCCAAGCUAUCGAAGAACUCUACUACUUUGAGUUUGUGGUGGACGACUUGCCUCUCCGUGGCUUUGUGGGUUACAUGGAGGAGAGUGGCUUCUUGCCCCACAGCCACAAGAUCGGGCUUUGGACCCACCUGGACUUCCACCUGGAGUGGAACGGAGACCGGAUCAUCUACGCCAACGUCAGUGUCCGCAACGUCAAGCCCACCAGCCUCGAUGACGUCCAGAGCAGUCUAUCCAUCACGCACACCUACAGCGUCCGCUGGUCCGAGACUGCCUCAGAACGCCGAGGGGAACGCCGUGGCAGCCGUGGUGGGGACGAUGGGUUUUUCCCCCGCACCUUGGAGAUCCAUUGGUUGUCCAUUAUCAACUCCAUGGUGCUGGUGUUCCUUCUGGUGGGCUUCGUGGUGGUCAUCCUUAUGCGGGUCCUUAAGAACGACCUGGCUCGCUACAAUCUGGACGAGGAGGCCUCUUCCUCAUCAUCGGGGGAUGACUUUGACCAGGGGGACAACGGGUGGAAGAUCAUCCACACAGACGUCUUCCGGUUCCCGCCUUGUCGUAGCCUCCUCUGUGCUGUGCUGGGCGUGGGCAGCCAGUUCCUGGCCUUGGGCACAGGAAUCAUCGUGAUGGCUUUAUUGGGCAUGUUCAAUGUCCACCGGCAUGGAGCCAUCAACUCAGCUGCCAUCCUUCUCUACGCCCUCACUUGCUGCAUUUCUGGCUAUGUUUCCAGUAACUUCUAUCGCCAGAUUGGAGGAGAACGUUGGGUCUGGAACAUUCUGCUCACUACAAGCCUUUUCUCUGCUCCUUUCUUCCUGACGUGGAGUGUGGUCAACUCAGUGCACUGGGCCAAUGGGUCGACCCAGGCGCUUCCAGCCACCACUAUCCUCCUCCUGCUCACGGUGUGGCUGUUGGUGGGCUUCCCCCUGACCGUCAUUGGGGGCAUCUUUGGCAAGAACCGGGCUGGCCCCUUCGACGCACCAUGCCGGACCAAGAACAUUGCCAGGGAAAUCCCCUCGCAGCCCUGGUACAAGUCCACGGUGGUACACAUGACCAUUGGAGGAUUCCUGCCCUUCAGUGCCAUUUCUGUGGAGCUCUACUAUAUCUUUGCCACCGUCUGGGGCCGAGAGCAGUACACGCUCUACGGGAUUCUCUUCUUUGUUUUUGCCAUCCUGCUCAGCGUGGGGGCCUGCAUUUCCAUUGCCCUCACCUACUUCCAGCUCUCUGGGGAGGACUACCGCUGGUGGUGGCGCUCUGUGCUGAGUACCGGCUCCACGGGCCUCUUCAUCUUCCUCUACUCCGUCUUCUACUACUCGCGGCGCUCCAAUAUGUCUGGUGCGGUCCAGACGGUGGAGUUCUUUGGCUACUCUUUGCUCACAGGCUACGUGUUCUUCCUGAUGCUGGGGACCAUCUCCUUCUUCGCCUCCCUCAAGUUCAUCCGCUACAUCUAUGUCAACCUCAAGAUGGACUGACCCAAAACUGGGUGUCGUUUUCCAUUGACCGGGAUGAGUGGACUCAAAGUGAUAUCUUCCAUUGCAGCGUUCCUUGUGGAUUAACUAGCCUAGAAAGAAGGCUAGUAGCCCUCUCUUUCCAUUGGCUGGGAUCUCAAGGGAGAUAUGAAAAUUUCGGCUUGCUAUGGUCUCUCCUUCUAUUGGCUAGAGUUGUUUGCAGAUUUCCUAGAUUGCUACCCUGGCAAUUGAUUGUCAGGAAAAAGGGGAAGCAGCACCCCCAAAUACUCUCUUGUCGUUCGAGACAAGUAGCUUGUCAGCAAACCCUGUAAAUCUGGCCAAAUACAAAAUACUAUUAUGGAUUCCUUUUAUUUUUCAUUGUUCGGAAACAUGUGUUUUUGCACUGGGGUGGGAGUGGUUGCAAAUUUCAUUAUUCACUGGUGGAAAUAUGACCAAUUAGUUGUGGAUUUCUCUUUCUAUCAGCGAUGCAAUCUAGUCAAUCAGUAAAAGCCAAGCUAACUUAAUCAGACCUGUCUGCCUCCUAAAAGGCAAGUUUGGCGCUUGUUCCUGACCAAUUGGAAACUGUGAAAAGAUUUUUUUUGGUCCGCUAUGGUUUGCUUCCUUCAGAGCUCUUAUGCAAUUGGGUGACAGGUCCCAACCAAUCAAGUUUGUUUGUUUUUUUUAAAUUCAUGCCACCUAAAGUAUAGAAGAACCGGCAGGGCCGGCUUCAUAGAUUAUAAUUGGCGCACCAGCUGGCACUGUCCUUUCUGGAUCUGGAAGAGAAAUUUCCUGACUAAGGUGGCCUUCACCCUCAUCCCCAAAAUCUAUCACUCUUCCCGAUAGUUUGGACUACAACUCCCAUCACUCAUGGCCAUUGUGGCUGCCUGUAGUAGAAUGAUGGCUGUAGUCUAACAUAUCUGGCAUGUGCCAGGUUAGGGAAUGUGAACUUCCAUUUUGGAAUACAACUUCCAUCAUUCCUCAUGAAGGGUGAGGACUGCUGGGAGCUGAAGCCCCAAAAUACCUGGAGAAUGACAUGAUUCCCCACCCAGAGAUUAAAAGCGAGAUCCCUGUUGGAGGGGAUUUUUUUGGGGUGGGAGAUACAUAUAUAAAUAUAUUUUCUGGGCGGAUCGUUCUCUGCGGUUUUUAAGGAUCCUCUUCUUUGCAUGCUGGAGGGAGAAAGGGGCCUUGUAGGCUCACUUUUCAGUGGGAUCAGGUCAUUAUGGCCCCAUCACUCCUGAAUUAUGGAUAUAUUUUCUCUCUCCUUUCAUGUCUUUCGUAUCCCAUGGUGCCUGGUGCUGUAAAGGAUGGGUUUGGGGGGGAAAGCCCUUUCCUUUCCUCUCAAACCUGGGUGAAGAAAAUGCCUAUAGUUAUAUAUGGAAAAUAUAUAUAUAAGAAGUUAUGUAUAUUAGGAAGGAUUGACGUUGGGUUAUUUUUUAAUUUGACGGUUUCAUUUAGUUUCUGGUCCGACAGUUUCUUUUUACAGAUCUUGAAAAUAAACUUUAUUAAUAAAAAGAAAAUCUAAAGUG